CACGGCACUGGCUAUGCCCCGUUCACGAUUCCAUUUGGUUGCUCGGCCGCUCGCUCUGACACCUUAAAGUGUCCGAUCAUACAACGUAUAUGGGCUCAGAUGAAUCACACAAUUCAAAUGCAUGCACGCGACGCUGGACUGCACACGCAGCGGCCCGUGGCUGGCUCGUUGCCACAGCGCGAGUGCACCCAGCCCCAUCCAUGCCGGGCCUCCCGCUCCGGCCGCGGUGCUCGCGCCCCCCUCUCGCCCACAACACCCAGACAUGGUUUCCUUAACACACAAUGCCGCUUUGCUAGGCUGGUACCGGCCGCAGCACCGGAGGGCGCCGCGGCGGCAGCGGCAGCGGCACACGCAGCCCCGGCACCUCUGCCAGCCCAGGAACAGCAGCAACCACAACAACAGCAGCCGCAGCAGCCGCAGCAGCAGCAGCCGCAGCCGCAGCAGCUUCCAGCCAGCUACCGGAGGCUGGUGGCCAGGAGCUGCGGCGGCAGCUUCCGGGAAGUGGCAGAGGUGGUCACAGAGCGCCUUACGCCGCCGGGCCCUGGAGAGGUGCUGGUGCGGGUGCUGGUGGCGGGCGUCAACGGCGGCUGUGAGACGUUCCGGGCGCGUGGCGAGUUCGCGUUCGCAGGGAACCGGGAACUGCAGGGCUUUGCUCUGGGCGCGGAGGGGGCGGGCCGCAUCGUGGCGUUGGGGCCCGGCGUGAAGGGGCUGCAGGUGGGGCAGCUGGUGGCGCUCAACGGCGCCGCCGCCUUCGCCGAGUACGCCACCACCCGCUCCUCACUGGUGGUGCCCGUGCCCGUGCCCGCACCUGGAGCCGUACCGUCAGAUGUCGUGGAUGUGGGCUCGGCGGCAGGAAGUGGUGGCGGCGGCGGCAUUGGGCCGGCGGAGGCGGCGGCGCUGGUGCUGUCUGGAGUGACUGCGUGCGCGGCGCUGGAGGCCACCGCGCGAAUCCGGGCGGGCGAGGUUGUAGUCGUGACGGCGGCGGCGGGCGGCACAGGCCACUUCGCGGUGCAGCUUGCCGCGCUGGCGGGCUGUGUGGUGGUGGCGGUGGUGGGCGGGCCUGCCAAAGCGGCGGCGGCGGCGGCGCUCGGUGCACGCCACGUGAUUGACUACAGCCGCGAGGACGUAGCUGCCUCGCUGCAACGGCUGUUCCCGGGCGGUGUGGAUGUGGUGUACGAGGGAGUGGGCGGGGCAGUACGGCAGGCGCUGCUGGGCUGCCUGGCGCCCGGGGGGAGGCUGCUGCAGGUCGGCUACAUAUCUGAAUACCCGCACACCACCAGCAGCAACGGCAGUAGCAGCAGCAGCUCUAGAAGUAGCAGCGGCAGUAGCAGUAGCAGCACUGAUGGCGGCGGCGGCGGCUGUGCGGGAACCAGCACACCCGGUGCAAACUCCUCGACCCCCUCUUCAGCUCCUGCAGCUGCUGCCGGGCCAGCGUCUGCGGCGGCUACUGCCGCGGGCGCGGCCGCUACAGCCCCGCCCGCCGCGGAGCUGUUCUGGGGCGGUACGGAUGUGGAGCUGGGGGAGGGGCGGCGGGUGAUCGGGCAGAUCUGGCCCAAGGAUCUCAAGUCAUUACUGCGCUGCCGCAAGAGGGUGUUUGAGCUGGCGGCGGCGGGACGGCUGCGAGUGAUGACUGACCAGGGGCAUGAGCGGCAGGGCGUGGAGGGCGUGGCGGAGGCGAUUGAGUACAUGCUCCGAGGGCAGCACGUGGGCAAGGUGGUCAUUCGGAUUGCUGAGGAGGAGUCAUGCAUGUUGCAAAUGCGGCAACGCUUUGUCUUUCAGGCGCACCGUACAUUGAGGACAAGUGCGGCAAGAUGCGGCGGCAGUAGGCACGCAGCAGGGAUCAUCGCUAGCUCCGGCCGCCGCGGCCUAGGCAGGCGCUCCCUCUUUGAUGGUGGUGACGCUGAGAUGGAUGAUGCGCCAAAUGCGAUGGCCGCGCUGGCUAGUGCCGCUGCAGUGGCUGCCAACGCGAUGCAGCAGCAGCAGCGCUCUGCACCACCCGCUGCAGGCGCCCGCUCGCCUACUGCUUCUGUCCAGUUCGUGCGGGAAAUCGACGCGGCGGGCAACAUCGUGAGCAACGCGGCGCGGCGCACCACGUAGGGGCCUUCCCCUUCUUGUCAAGCUUCUGUAAUAUUGUGUCAACAGGAUCGAUUGGAUCUUGCGACUUGAGGCGCAGUUGGCAGUGACCUCUAUCCCGUUCUCCCGCGAAGAGGUCGGGGAGGCGGGAUACUGGGAUACGGAACUUUUCAAGAGGGGCGGGUUCCACGCCACCACCCAAGUCCUCAAACGUGAAUGAGCCAUCCGGUGGAAUGAUCACUGCCAUCUCUUUCUUAGAGUCCUCUAGUCCUUUGACUCUACCGGGGCGCCGGGACACAAGCUCGGGCGCGACGGCGCGAACUUCAGCGAGCUUCUGCUCAAGCGAGAUUCGCUUCAGUACCUGAGGCUUAUCUGCCUUGAUCAUGUAUACUCCGCAACCUAAGAUAGUCAAGCCAAGAAACACGGAAACGGUGAACGCUGCGAGCCAAGUUGUCCAUUCGAGCGUUUCUCUGCGAUACCAGCCUGAGGAGGGUGCCAUGGCGUGCAACACUUCGUAUGUACUAUAUUAGUCUGUGGGCAGCUAUGCAUACUUGGGCGGGGCGCUUGAGUUCCGAGCCGCGCCGCGGGGUUACAGGGUUGGGAGUUCCCAACGCAGUGUACAGGAUGGGGGGGGGGGUGCAAGGGCGUGCCAGAGCGCGACCGGAUGUAAAUGCGUUUAUGU